UCAUAUCGCGUCCAUUUUAUCUCCACCCCGAGUCUCCUUCCGUAGCAAGGGAAGAAAUUCACUUCACAGAUCUACCUUUGUCCUUCUUCUUCAACUCCGAAUCUCCGUAAUCAUUUCCCCCCUCCACCGGUUCUCUGUCGGAACCUCCGAGCUCUCCACCGACCGGAAAGAAUCCGCUCACCGGCAUUGCUCUCCCGCCGAGUCUCUUCCCCCCUGCGUGAGAGAUGCUGAGCCCGCUCUCGAAUUGGAGGGAGAAUCUGGAGAAAAUCGCUCUCGGCGUGCAGGAGGAGGACGACGACGAGGAGGAGCUCGAGAUCUACGGCCGCAGCAACGGACAUGAUGAUUCCUCGUUCUCUGAUCGGAGGAAUUCCCACAGCUUCGCUCAUUCCAAGUCCUUCUCCCCUUCUCCAAUGUCGAAUGGGAUCGAUUCUGCUUACGGCCUCGAGAUUGAACAGUGCAAAGCCGAAAUUAGGAGGCUACAGGAAUCAGAGGCAGAGAUAAAAGCACUAUCUGUAAAUUAUGCCGCCUUAUUGAAGGAGAAAGAGGAUCAAAUCUCUAGAUUGAACAAAGAGAAUGGGGUAUUGAAACAUAACUUGGAUGCCACUAGUGCUGCUCUGAAUGGAUACAGAAAUGAGAGUAGCAAAGCAGCAUCAAGCACUACAACUGCACUUAAGGAAACUGUUGAGCUAUCACCCAGCCAGCAAUUCAAACUUGCGGCUCAAGGGAAAGCCCGUUCUAGUAGUAAUGGCAUUGUCCCAAAGCAGGAUAUCUUAGGCAAUGGAACCAAGAAUUCUGCUCAUGAUUACAAUCAGGGGAAGGAAAAGGAACUUGCAGAUUUACUAGAAGAGAAAAACCGGUACCUUGCAGCACUACAGGCCAAACAUGAUUUACAAUUAAGAGAACUCAAGAUGGAACUUGAGAAAGAACGCAGUAAUGUGGCAGAUAUGCAAUUGAAAUUACAAGAGGGACACAGAUUAAAAGAAACUUUUCAGGAUCAGCUAAAAUCAGUGCAAGCAGACAAAGACAAAAGCUUCAGAGAGAUGAUCCAAAUGCGCAAUGAGUUGAAUGAGAAAUUAUCUGAAAUGAGACGAUUGCAAAUGGAGUUGAAUAGGGUUGAGGGCGUAGAUGUUUCUGAUGUGGGAGGUUUGAAAAGAGUAAUUGCCAGUCUAGAGAAAGAAAAUGCAAUCCUUAAGACGGAGAAGAUUGAACUUGAGACAUCCUUGAGAAAGAACAUGAGCCAUUCAACUGAAAAAACAUCAACGAGGAGUCUAAGGGAGGAGGUAAGCGUCUCUGGUUUUCCUGGCAGAGAAGAGUUGCAGCAAUCUUUGCAAAACUUGGAGAAAUCUUUGGAGGAAGCACGCCGAGAGAGAGAUAAAGUGAAGAAGGAAUUGAAUCGGCUUAAACAGCAUUUACUGGACAAGGAAUCUGAGGAGUCGGAAAAGAUGGAUCAAGACAGUAGAAUUAUUGAAGAACUUCGAGAAAAUAAUGAGCGUCAGAGAGCUCAGAUUUUAUGCCUGGAGAAAGCUCUAAAGCAGGCAAUAGCAAGCCAGGAUGAAGUAAGAACCAACAAUAACAGUGAGCUUCAGAAAUGCAAGGAAACCAUUGACGAGCUGAACAGGAAGCUUGCUAGCUGUAUAAGUACCAUAGAUGCAAAAAACAUGGAACUGCUGAAUCUUCAAACUGCUCUUGGCCAAUAUUAUGCUGAAAUCGAGGCUAAGGAGCAUUUGGAAAGAGAUUUGGCUCUUGCAAGAGAAGAAUCUGCUAAACUUUCAGAGCUUCUGAAAGUUGCAGAUAAGCAGACGGAAGCAUUUAAUAGGGAAAAGGAAGAAAUCUUGGUCAAACUCUCUCAAGCUGAAAGUGCGCUUGUGGAAGGCAAUAACAGAGUGAAUAAGCUUGAAGAGGACAACGCGAAACUGCGACGGGCCCUUGAGCAGAGCAUGACAAGACUCAAUAGAAUGUCGAUGGACUCUGAUUUCUUGGUCGACAGGCGAAUCGUGAUCAAGUUAUUGGUGACCUAUUUCCAGAGAAAUCACAGCAAAGAGGUUUUGGAUCUCAUGGUACGCAUGCUAGGUUUUUCAGACGAAGACAAGCAGAGGAUCGGUGCUUCGCAACAAGGUGCUGGGAAAGGCGUUGUUCGAGGAGUUUUGGGUUUCCCAGGUCGCCUUGUUGGCGGUAUUCUGGGAGGAAGCUCAGCUGAAGCACAAUCCAAUAUGGCAUCAGAAAACCAGUCCUUUGCAGACCUAUGGGUCGACUUCCUUCUCAAGGAAACAGACGUAAAAGAGCGGAAGGAGUGCCUUGAAGGGGCAGCUGAUCCAGCUGCAGGAGCUGCUAAUCCACCAAUCCCCAACAGUGGACCGGACAUGCCUUAUAUGGCUCCAAGUUUCUCGAGAUUUGGUUCAUCUACAACUCAAAGUGCUCGGCAGUUUGAACCCUUUGGUUCGGAGUUCUCCACGGUUCCCCUUUCAUUCUCUGACGGCACAUCUCAGGUACAGAGACCUCUCCCUAGAUACUGAAGAUUAUUAAAUAUGUUUUGACCAUCAAUGUAACUAUGGUGUAGAAUAUCAUCGUCAUCCUUGCCAUUCUAUCCUGUUGCCAAUUUGUUUGUUCUUUACAAUUUGUUGAAAUGGAAAGUUGCGAUCACCAUUUGUUUGGCGCCCAAUGCGAUUGGAAACUCACAUAUCAUGAUAAUGAUAUACCUAUACCUAGUCUUUUUGUA